UUCAUCCACCUUAUUCAGCAGACCUCGCUCCUAGUGACUUUCGUGUGUUCGGCGUACUCAAAGAAGCAAUGGGAAGUAAGCAUUUCCGAAGUGACAAAGAGAUGAAAACCGCGGUGCACGACUGGCCACAGACACGACCAAAAGAUUUCUUUCAACGUGGUAUCUAUGCACUUCCAAAGCGUUGGAAAACUUGUAUUGAACGUCAGGGAGACUAUGUAGAAAAAUGAUAUGCAUAAGUUGUUCCUAAUUGUUACAAUAAAAAAAUUAUUGCACUUUUAAGGUUUCCAUUUGAAUCCCCCUCGUAUGUAAGUUUGUCUGGAUAGGCUCUUAGCGCAUACAUAAGGAAUUUGAUUUGUCUAUAAUAGUCUAUAUUUCCUUAUGUAUGUGCUAAUGAACCAAUCAAAUUCCUUAUGCAUAUGCAUUAUGCAUUCUCCAAAAGUCUGUGCUCUGGCCCAUUAAGCUGAUGGCACGUUACACUUCCCCCUUCAAAAAAAAUUAAAACGGUUAUAUUGUUGUUGCCGUGUGCACAUUUUUUAAAUAAAUUUGAGAUAUUUACAUUAUGUAUCUGUAAAAUUGAAUUCUGAAUAUGAUAACAUAAAUAUUAUGAAAUAAUAAAAAUAUUUAUAUAGGCUGUUUUUUACCAAGCAGCGACGAUAUAUAUUUUAUUGUUGUUAUAUUACUCUGUAUUCAAAAUGAACAAUAUACAUAUAAUCUUAAAGGUUAAUACCAUGUGCAAUCAAACUACUUCCGUGGAAGGAUCGUGGUCAAUCGUGGAGUUUGCAGAUGGAUUGGAGAUGAUUCCUUCUUGUUGGCUUAAUGAAAAUAAAACUAGUGCUUGUUGGCCGUAAUUUAACUAGCAGGCAAAAUUUAAGAAAGCGGUAAAAAAUUGCUUAUUUCCUGAAGAUAAUUGGACUUUAUGUACAGUUCUAAAAGUUCUAGCAACUGCGAAUACAUAUGAUAAAGCGAUACAAAAAUUAAAACAAGCAGAGUUCAUGUCGGACAUCAAUUCAGAUAAUAAUGAUCCCGAAGAGUUGAAAAAAUCUCGGAAACACAGAGCUAAAAAGAUUAUGUCAGAUACGGAUGAUAUUGACACUGACAGAGAGAAUGAGAAUAUUAUAUUGCCGCCGUGGCCCAAGAUUCAGCAAAUACAAAAAUGCAAACUUAAUACCAGUAACGAUAAAAGCAUCGAUGUUCAGCGUAAGCAACAGUACAUAACAACUAAAGAAAAAACUAUGCAAAAAGAGACAAAAAUAGAAAAAGGAAACCUCUCGAAACCAAAAAAAUUAGAUCAUAAGAAAAACAGAGCUAAAAAGAUUAUAUCAGAUACGGAUGAUACUGACACUGACAGAGAGAAUGAGAAUGUUAUAUUGCCGUCGUUGCCCAAGAUUCAGCAAAUACAAAAAUGCAAACUUCAUACCAGUAACGAUAAAAGCAUUGAUGUUCAGCGUAAGCAACAGUGCAUAACAACAAGAGAAGAUAAUUUUUAUGAUAGCACAUUUGAUGAAAUCGAGACAACUAAUAAAGACAAAGUUAAUACCACUAAAGACGUUAUUAAAUCCUCAGACUGUCAGUUUCAAAGGUAUAUAGAGAGAAAAUUGACGGAUAUAGGAUUCAAGAUAUCCUCACAGGAAGAACAAUGCAGACAAUUAGAUCGAAAAUUAGAUUUAAUAUUACAUCGACUUGAGAACACCUUUCUUGGGGAAGUACAUAAUGAAAAUAAUACAAAUAAUGUAUUAGAAAUCUUUCCAAUCGAUGAUCUAGCAACUUUGGACAAAUUAGAAAAAUCUCUAGUUGAUAAUGCUAUCAAUCGCAACAAUCUG